AUGAAACCCGUCGACGUUUCAUCCUUCCGUGCGAGGACCCGGGCAGUCCUUACACCAGUCCUUGAUAUCAAUAUCGUGCAUGUCUCCCAGGACUCUACUGCAGCAAUUAAUGAGGCCAUGAAGAAUGCUAUUGCCACUGGCGGUGACAUUUUACGCCUGACUAUCUCUUGCGCUGUCACCAAUGUCAAGUUAUUCGAUGCGAACAUUACACUCGCAUAG